AUGCCCCACUCAUUUGACUGGGUUUGCAAGGAUGUGGUCAAGAAACUUCAAGGAAAAGAUCUGAAGCCUGUCAAACGUCUGUCAGAUGCGAUGAAAUUCCGCCAGUUUGAGAUACUGCAGAAGAAUCCUCAGUCACUGUUUUGGAAAUCUGAAGAUACUCCAGUUGGAUAUUCCCUUCUGCAGAUCUUAGAGCCAAAUUGUCCAGUCCCAGAGCCUGAAGUGUCAGCUCCCAUCCCCCUCAAACACACUGUAUCCCAGAAACUGAAGGCUAACACAGGUGUCAACGCCAUUGCAGAAGGAAGUGUGUCAGCAGAGUUUGGUCAGUCCUGUGGAUACGACAUCGAGGUUCAGUGUACUAGCAUCCCAGAUUCAAAACUGAAAAGUCUUCAAAACAGGAAGCUGCUGGAUCGGGAGCCAUCAUUUCUGAAUGAUUGCCGGAUGGGAAAGAAGGAACUGUAUGUGGUGACAGAGGCCUUUGAAGUGACCAAAGAUGCUGUGCUGGAAGGGAGUAGCAGUGUAGACCUUUCAGGAAAAGUGGUCGUCCCCCAGAUUGCCAAGGGUCAAGCUCAGGGACAGUGGCAAAGGGAGAGAACAGAUUCAGUGCCUAUCCUGAAGGGUGCAGUGGUGGCCUACAAGAAGAAGCAACUGGUCAUUGAGAAUAAUACAUGCGCCAUUCUGCUUUCUGAUAAUGCUAAGAAGAAAAGCUUUCUAGGUAUGGUACCUAGGCUGCUAAGAGGCUUCGCUGCUUCAGACGAUAUGGUCCAAUGUUCUGCAACCACUGAGAUAGGGCCACAUCCAACAAGACAGCAAGGAACGACAGAGGAACCUUUCCAUCUAGAUUUCCAGUGCCUUCAAGAUGAGAUUUCUGAGAAAACAGAGGAACUGUCCAUGCUUUCAAAGGAUGUUCAAGAUGUUGUGUUCUCUAGUCUCCUGCCCAUGCUCAGUGACAGGGAGAUUCUGUAUGACCUGAUGAACAUGCUGGAAUUGGAUCAGUUGGGGCAUAUGGAUGGUCCAGGUGGUGUGAUCCUAGAUGUGCUGUGACAGGACUCAAGACCCCCAUGGAUCGACCUAAAGAACCUCAUUCUUUAUCUCCUUCAAGCCCUAAUGGUGCUGAGUGAUACCCAACUCAGUCUGCUGGCCCAGUCUAUAGAGAAGAGGCUCCUCCUCCAGCAACAAGAGCUGGUAAAGAGCAUCCUGCAGCCAAACUUCAAGUAUCCCUCGAACAUCCCCUUCACUCUCCAGCCUCAGCUUCUUGCCCCACUCCAGGGUGAGGGCUUGGCCAUUACUUACGAAUUGCUGAAGGAGUGUGGUCUGAAGAUGGAGCUGAAUAAUCCCAGGUCAACUUGGGAUCUGGAAGCCAAGAUGCCUCUGUCUGCUCUUUAUGGGAGCCUGUCAUUUUUGCAGCAACUUGUAGAAGCCUAA